AUGCGGACUCUACGCAGCGCCAGCCGGGAGACGGCGACGAAAACAUCCCAGUUUUUCGACGCCACAAACGCGACAAAUGCCCGUCGCGCCACACGCAGCAGUUUGGCGCGUUUUGCUUACAACCCCAGCAGCAUCGCUGAUGCCGACGACAGCAGUAGCAAGGCCGGUCUGGAGGACGUGACAUUGGGCUCUGACAUUGAAGAUGCAGUGACUACGAAAGUGUCGCGCAAGCGCAAACGUACCGCGACGUCGUCCCAGUCGUCGUCGUCUGAUCCCUCGCGGCAGGCCGAGGGCAGGAGGGCAACGACGAGAACUGCUCCGGCGAUGGUGAAGACUGAGGAGGAUGGAGAAGAGACACAGGCGCAGAUAGAGACCGAGCCUACCUCCCCUGAUGGCUCGCAAAACUUUGAACCUGCAAGCGCGACGAAACCCCGCGGCCGCGUCCGCAAGCCCGCCCGCAAAACCGUCGACCCAGCCACCGGCGCCGUCAAAGUUGAGCCCCCCACCAACUGGGAAGAGAUGUACAACCUAGUAAAGGAGAUGCGCAUCUCCGGCCCGGCCGCCAACGCCGCCGUCGAUACAAUGGGCUGCGAACGACUGGCCCGAGCCGACGCCUCCCCGCGCGACCGACGCUUUCAGACGCUGGUCGCCCUCAUGCUCUCCUCCCAAACCAAAGACACCGUCAACGCAGAAGCCAUGGCCCGCCUACACAACGAACUACCCCCCCAUAAGCCCGGCGCCCCGCCAGGACUAAACCUGGAAAACAUGCUCGCUGUCGACCCCAAACUCCUCAACGAGCUGAUAGGCAAAGUCGGCUUUCACAACCUGAAGACGAAGUACCUCAAACAGACAGCCGAAAUCCUCCGCGACAAGUUUGGAGGAGAUAUCCCGCCCACAGUGGAAACCCUCUGCUCCCUGCCCGGCGUGGGUCCCAAAAUGGCACAUCUGUGCAUGUCAGCCACCUACGGCUGGAACAAAGUUGAAGGGAUUGGUGUGGACGUGCACGUGCAUCGAAUCACGAAUCUCUGGGGAUGGAAUGAGACGAAGACUCCUGAGGAUACACGCAAGGCGCUUGAGAGCUGGCUACCGAGGGAUAAGUGGAAGGAGAUUAAUUGGUUGUUGGUUGGGUUUGGGCAGACGGUUUGUGGGCCAGUGAAGGGAAGUCGGAGGUGUGGGGAGUGUGAACUGGGGCUGAGGGGCUUGUGUAAGUCUGCGGAGAGAGGGAAGGUUAAUGAGGGGAGGAAGAGGAGGGAGAUGGAAGGGAAAGUGAAGGACGAAAAGGAGGUGAGGAUGGAGGUUGAUAAAAAGGAGGAAGAUGUUGAGGUGAAAGAGGAGGUAACAGAAGAGGUUGUGAAGAAAAAUGGGGCAAAGGGGAGGACAAGAUCUCCCCGCAGGAUCAAGACAGAGGGUGAAUGA